AUGGAUCGUACGGCUAUAUGGUGUAUUUGCAAUAAUGGCGGGUCCUGCGUUAACGAGAAAUGGAGAAAUAGCACUCAUUGGAACGUUGUUUGUAUGGAAUGGAUGGAACUUAAAAGUAACGAAGCUGACAAAUGUCGUAAACCCUGGAAAUGUUGCCACACUACGGAAUACGAAAAAAAGAUUCCAUAUCGGAAAGGCGAAGCGUGAAGCCCUAAGUUUAAUAUCAGCCAAGUGACAAUAUCGUAGAAACUGGUUUCUAAUUUUAUGACCCAUUAAAAUAAAUAAAGUCAAAACAAAAGGGCA